CUCUGUUGAUCUGCAACUGCCAACGUGUUCGUAUUUCAUUCAUUCAUCUGAACUACGAUGAGCACUUCGUACAACAAUAUAUCUGAAUCAAGGAGCGAGGAUCAACUCGAGAUGAUGCAAAAGUUCAAGUUCAAUAGGCCACCAGAAAAGCCCAGCAAGGAAAUUAACAUGAAAAUGAAUACGCCGAGGGUAUUACCAAGUAUUCCUCCAGUCCAAUUCGGGCCAGAUCCUCAGAGAUGCAUCUGCCACUCGUGCCAUGCAGAUAUUUCGACGACCGUUAAAUCGAAGACCAACUUGAAAACUCAUUUUAUGGCCAUGUGCAUGUGCUUAACCUGUUGCUUUCUGUGCGCUUGGUUACCGUACUGCAUGAAAAGUUGCAGGAAUCGCAACCACUUCUGUCCUUCCUGCGAUUCCUACCUUGGAAAAUACGAAUGAAGCCACCAACAUUACUUUUUAAUUUCUUUCAAAUGCUUUUAAUCUUAUCGCAUUAUUAUUUUUAUAUAUUUUUUAACGUUAUUUCGUAUUGUUUUUAGUUUUAACUAGACAUAUAUAGGCAGCGUUUCUCAAGCUCUAUGUUUCGCGAAAUGACAGCUGUCACUUUGCGUCAAUAUGUUAUAAGCAUUUAGGUUGAGAAACGCUGAUAUAAAGAAUGUAAACAUUUAAAAUGAACUUUCUACAUUCAACAGCAUGUUCUAAAUCUUAAAACAAAAAAAGUGAUAAACUUAAAUUUUUAGU